AUGUUGUAGGUAGACGCCGUCGAGCAGCAUGGCGGCACCCUUAAACAGCAUCUUGCGUGUCCGCCUGUUCUUUGACUACCCGCCGCCAGCCACGCCAGGCUGUCGUAUGAACUGGCUGCUCGUGGACAUGAAUCGCUGCCGUGUAGUGGCUGAUCUGGCGAGUAUCAUUCGCGACAAGUUCGAGUUCAGCCGAGGGACGCUGCUAAGCCUUUUCAUCGACGAAUGCUUCCUACCUCCCAGUGAGAGCGCCUGCCUGGUCCGGGACAACGACAGCAUCAGGGUAAAAACUGAAUGUGUUCUCCCAGAGUUAAAUGGACUAGAGUCAAAGAAUGAAUCUCCUGUCUCACACUGGAAAAACAAAAAGAGAUUCAGGACUGAAGAUGAACCCUUACCUAAGACAGACAUCAACAGCCACACAAAGAAGAAGAAGAGAAAACAACAACAAGAGACUCCUAGCCAAAGUCCACAGCAGGAAGUGGAGGGCCUUCCUGACUGCAGCCGAAAAAAGAGAGACAGAAAGAAGAAAGAAUCAGCAUCUGAAGAAUCAGAGGUUCAGCUCAAGCAGAAGAAAAAAGAUAAAGUUUACAAAGAUGACCUGGUCAUUUCAAAUAAAGAUAAAAAGAACAAAUGUAAGACUUUGCCUGUCUUUUAUGGUUUAAAGCCUCCAAAGUUAUCUUCUGUCCUUAAAAAGACAAGCGUAAAACAAACUGCUCAGUCAGAUUCUGAGUCCAGUACCUCCAGUGACACGGCAGAGGAUGAAUUGCCUACUGCUGCAACCAGCUUAAAAAGUUUCAAAGGUCAGUCAUUAUCUGGCUUGGGAGACGGCACCGUGAAUAAAUCUGCAACAUCCAAACAGGCAUCGUCUACUUUUAAGCUUGGAGUCACCAGAGAAGGUAGACAGUCCUCUGAUUUAACCACUGCUAAACAGACCCAGAAGGUGGCUGCGUCAUCUGGAACGAAACAUGUAGCUACCAGUCAAACAAAGUCUUCUAGCACUAAUAGCAGCUCAGAAGAUACAGAAAUAGCAACCAAAAAGCCAGCCCUGGAAAAGAUGCAGAAGGUGGCUGCUGCAUCAUCUGGAAUGAAGCCAGCAGCAACCAGUCAAACAAAGUGUUCUAGCACCGAUAGCAGCUCAGAGGAUACAGAAAUGGUGACCAAAAAGCCAGCCCUGGAACAGAUGCAGAAGAGGGCUGCUGCAUCAUCUGGUCAAACAAAGUCUUCUAGCUCAACUAGCAACUCAAAGGAUACAGAAAUGGUUACCAAAAAGCUAGUGCCAACUUUGGGGCCAAGCCUCCCUGGUGUGGGUCGAUCCAUCCCACUUAACAUUGGUAGGGGCAGUGGUCGAUUUGAUAACCAGUUCUCUUGGAGGGGUUCUGGUGGGCAUGGACAGAGAGGGGGCAGAGGGAGAGCAAAGGCAGGUGCUGGAAACCAUUCAUUUUACAACUAUGAGGGCAACACGCUUCAGGAGCAGCAAAAAGAUGUUUUGUCAAAUAAGUCUGUCAUACGUGAGAACCCUCCAGCAGAAGAACCCAAGAAAGAUUAUACCAGCCUGCCUCUUCUUGCAGCUCCACCACAAAUUGGGCAGAGGAUAGCCUUCAAGCUUCUAGAACUGACAGAAAAUUACACCCCAGAAGUGUCUGAUUACAAGGAAGGAAAAAUUAUUAGCUAUGACCAGACUACUAGUCAAGUGGAACUGGAGGUUCUGACUAGUCCUGCAGUUUCAGCAGAGCCUGGAAAAUUUGAUCUUGUUUACCACACUCCAGACGGGGCUGAAGUGGUAGAGUAUGCGGUAUCAAGAAGCUCCAAGAUAACAGAACGGUGGAGUUCACUGAUUGAGCCUCGUCUGAUUACCGAAUCCACCCAAGCAGCCACAAGCAGUGGUCCGGCAUGAAGGUGCAUUUUGCUGAUUCUGUACUGUGAAAGCGGACUGUAAACUUUUAAUUAUACUGCGGUGACCAGUUUGACACUGUUGGUAAAAGUCAUCUUUUUUUUUUUUUUAUCAUUUAAUGUUGUGAAUGUUACCAAAUGUUCUCUUUUUGUAUUAUUUAAAGUUGGAUACAUUGGUUUUAUUGCUGUACAGUUUUCUUUUGCCAUAUUAAAGUUUUUUUUCCCCCACUUUCUUCUCUUUCUGCA